AUGCACCUCCCGAUAGCAGUGGGGGAAGGGGAGGGUGUGGGGGAGAGAGGGAGGGUGAGAGAGGGGAGUGAGGAGAGUAGUGGGAGUGAGGGUGGUGAGGAGGAGAUUGUAGAUGUUUGUGACUCUGUGAGGGAGUGGGGAGAAGAAGGGCGAUUUGAACAGGGGCAACUCGAAGAGGGGCGGCUGGAAGGGAAAACCGACGGGAACAUAGGGGGGAAGGGGAAGGAAGUGGGGGGAAGCGAGAGGGAGCAGGGGGGAGAGAGUCACUUCGAAGCUACUGUCGCUGGUAAAGGGGCGAUGAUUCGGCGGCUGAUUCUGGGGUCGGAGGACGAGAUGCUGACGUGGCAUGCACAGUGGCAAUUGCUACAAAGCUCCUUCAGGUUGGCCUCUCACAACUUUGAUGCAGCCUUCUUCCCCUCGCUCCUCAUCGUCUCAGCCAUCGCAUCAACUCUCCUCGCCGUAGCCUUUGCGGUGGCGCCUCUCUUUGAGUUCACCGAUUUCAGCACUCCCGUGGUGCUCGGGGUGCCUCCUCCCUCUUCAUCAUCUGAGACCCUUCCCCAGACUCCCAAACCCAUCCUCUUCCCUGUCUCGCCCCUUUUUCUCACCGCCCAUACUCUGUCGCAUUUCCCCGUUGUCUUCCCCGCCCCAAACCCUCCCUUGCCUUAUCUUUCUCACCUACAUGGUGCUCCUAUCAUUGUCCGUGCAGACCCCAUCGCCCCUCCUCGCCUCUCUCUCUUCUUCUUUCCUUUAACCUCACAUUCCUUCUUUUCUUCCCAUUCACCCACAUUUCCCCUCCCCACCUGCAGAGUGCUCCUAUUGGUGUCCGUGCAGAAGCCAAUCUCCCUCCUCGCGUCCCUCUCUGUCUCACGAACUUUUUCUUCCUCUUCACUUCCCACACCCUUCCGCCUUUUGCCUUCCCUUCUCCUCCUCGCCUGCAGAGUGCUCCUAUCGGUGUCCGUGCAGACUCCAUCGCCCCUCCUCCCAUCUCUCUCCAUGAACCUCCGUCUGCUCCGCCGCUACUCCCACGCCUAUCUCGCCCUCAACUUCGGCCUCCUGGGGGUCCUCUCCUCCCUCGCUGCACCCUGCCUCCUCACACCCCUUCUCACUCACCUCCCUCUGUCUCCUGUCCCUUCUCUUCCGCGAACCUACCCACCCUCCCCCCCGGGGUCCCCGUCCCUUCCUCGCCUGCAGAGUGCUCCUAUCGCGCUCAUUCUAGCGUGCCUCUUCUCUGCAGUGGUGCUGCAUGCUGUGGCAUCCACUCUCUUUGUCUCCCUCGCGCUCCAUCAAAUGGGCUCCAUUCGCCUCCCGAGAGCCUUCUAG